UAUUCUUCUUCAUGACUUUAUUCUUCUUCAUUACUUUAUUCUUCUUCAUUACUUUGUCCCAACUCCAUCUGGCUUCGCCUCGUGUUUCCAUGACAACUGUCCCCUGUUGUUUCAGCCUCGCCAGCCGUCUGGAGGCUCCUCCUCCUCAGAGCUCCGCUCGGCGUCUUCCUCCCUCUGACCCUUGACCUGCCGCCAUGGACCGCCCCCCGAGGCCCUGGGUGCUGAAGCCUCUGUCGCCCCUCCUUCAACCCUCAGACCUGCGCACCAUCGCCGGCCCGGCUCCGAGGGAGUCCUCGGCCCCGAGCGAUGCGACCUUCGGCUCCGACAGCAUCUCCGUCACUUGUAGUCGUUCGUCGGCGGCCGUCUCCUCUCAGGAGGGGGGCGGAUGCAGACCCGUUGGAGUCCAGGUCGCCGUAUCGCAGGAUGGAGACGGCGCCGUGGACGAGGGGCGUCCCAGCAGUCCCAGCAGCAGCGUGGGAUCUCACUGUGGUUUCUACUCCUUCGUGGAGGAUCCUUCGAGUCCCGAGGCCGAGAUGAACGAAGCUUGGAUGCUCUCACCGCAGCGGCAGACUCAGCUGGCAACUCUGAAGAAGGAGAAAGGAUUCAAACUACAGACCUACACCAGCAGCAAGAAGCCAGAGAGUCUCUUUGCAGACAGCGAUGGAGACUCAGAGUACAAAGUGGAACAGAGGAACGGCAACAAGGUCAUCCGGCAACAAGAGGACCAGCAGCUUCGGAAGGAGAUCAUUCGCUGCCAAGCGCCAAAGAAGAACCUGACGUUUAGAGAAGAGCCCGGUCCGCUGAAGGCCCUGAGCAGGAGGACCAACACACUGAGAGAAGGUCUCAGGCCCGUCGGCCUCAGAGCUGAUUCCGGGAGCAUUGACGAAGAGCAGAUCAACUUCAGUGCUGCCCGACAAAAGUUCCUGAAGAUGGAGACGGGCCCGCCCCGCCCCCCGAGGUCCUCAAGAACACAUCGGGACGUGUCUCUGCAGACACGACCCUCGGCAGAGCAGAUGGAAACAUGUGACAGUUUGGAAGUGAGCGGAAAAAAUACCACAACGUCCACAACAAGGGAAGAAGAGGAGAUGUUCCCAGAGAAGAAGCGGACAGAGAGUCUGCCUGUGGAGGUGGGCGGCGGCUACACCGGUGAUGAUGGCAUGUUCCGUGGUGACACUCGGCAAGAGAAAAGAAGCUGCGAGUCCACCGGCGACGAUGAGACCCCGAUCGAAAGGGAGAUCCGCUUCGUUCAGGAGCGCGAGGAGAAGCUGCGGCGCUCACGAGGGCUGACGCUGAGCAACAGCAGAGCGGAGAUGGUCGAGGUAACAACCAACCGGCUCCCAGCAACACUUGCGCCUGUCAAAGCUAAAGCAAAGAAAGGAGUGAACUUCAUCAUCCAGCGUGAGAUCCAGGAGGAGAAGCACAAGAAGGAGGAGAUCCUGGGACGACAGCGUCUCGACCCUCGACCGGACAGAGAGCGUGACCAACACGACGAGGACAAGACGACAGAAGAAAUGUCUCAUGGUGAGUCUGGAGGAGCAGACGUGUUCCCGCCGCCAUGCGGUCCUCAUCAACAGCCCAACGUCAGCAGGAAGAGUUCAGCUCCUCCUUCCUUCUCCGUGAAGGGCUCCGAGGUGCAAACGACUUCUUCACCUGCACCGACACCUCGGCUCGGAACCACGUCGACCACGCCUUGGUCCUGGAGGGAGAACCUGGAGUCAAACGGCCUGCACUCCAGAGGGAAAGGAGCUCCAGAUUUCAUCGAGAAGGAGAUGGAGGAGGCCCUGAGGCGGGAGCAGGAGCUGAGGGAGCAGAGGGAGGAAACAGCUCCUCUGUUGGAACCGCCAGACCCACCUGCCAACACAGAUCAACCCAUCAGUGUGUCCUGUCCGUCUCCUCGUCCCUCCAUGUCCUUCAUCACGGCUCAGCCCUGGUCCUCAACACCUCCCCUCUCCUCCUCCUCCUCCUCCUCCUCAUCCCUCCCCCCCUCCUCUUCUUCCCCCGCGGCGGUCCGGCCCCAUCCCCCCCUUAGAGGUCUAUCAGAGACUCUGCUGCAGGACUUCAAGGAGAGACAAGUCCAACUGAAGCUGGAGGAGGGCAUGUAUGCAGGGAUUCAGCUGGUUGACGACGUGAACAGCGAGGUUGUUGAGUCGACUCGAGUCAUUCGACAUAAAAACCAACGCGCUCUGCGCUGGGAAGCUGGCGUGUUCUCAAAUCAGGAGGACCAGUGAGACCAGCAGGACCAGGACCAGGACCAGGAUCAGGACCAGGACCAGGACCAGGACCAGGAUCAGGACCAGGACCAAGAUCAGGACCAGGACCAGGACCAGGAUCAGGACCAGGAUCAGGAGCUGCAGGAUGACAUGGUGACUCCUCUGGUUGGUCUCUUCACUAACUAACUUCCUCGUCCAAUCAGGGCUGUCCCCUGUCCUCGUCCAAUCAGCCUCCAGGAGGUCUCUGACAUGAUUGAAACUCAUCUCACACACAAUAAUAAAGUCAAAUGUCCUCUUCUCUGUUUAUAUGUUCAAAUAAGAGAUUUGUGGAAUAUGAAUUCUAAAUAACAAUAAAUGAAAGUUAAUUGUU